AUGGACAUGGACGUGGACGUGGAUUUGGACGUGGACGUGGACGUGGACGUGGACGUGGACGUGGAGGACUUGGACGUGGACAUGGACGUGGACGUGGACGUGGACGAAGACAUGGUUGAGGACGUGGACGUGGACGUGGACGUGGACAUGGACGUGGACGUGGACGUGGACGUGGACAUGGACGUGGACGUGGACGUGGACGUGGACGUGGACGUGGUCGUGGACGUGGACGUGGACGUGGACAUGGUCGUGGACGUGGACAUGGACACGUGGACACGUGGUCGUGGACGUGGACGUGGACGUGGACGUGGACGUGGACGUGGACGUGGAGGUGGACGUGGACGUGGACGUGGACGUGGACGUGGACGUGGAGUGGACGUGGACGUGGACGUGGACGUGGACCUGGUCGUGGACGUGUACGUGGACGUGGACCUGGUCGUGGACGUGGACGUGGACGUGGACAUGGAUGUGGUCGUGGAUGUGGACGUGGACGUGGUCGUGGACGUGGACGUGGACGUGAACGUGGACAUGGACGUGGACGUGGUCGUGGACGUGGACGUGGUCGUGGUCGUGGACGUGGACGUCGACUUGGACGUGGACCUGGACAUGGACGUGGAUGUGGACGUGGACGUGGACAUGGUCGUGGACGUGGACGUGGACGUGACGUGGACGUGGACGUGGACGUGGACGUGGACGUCGACGUGGACGUGGACGUGGACGUGGACGUGGACGUGGAAGACUUGGACGUGGACAUGGACACGUGGACGUGGAGGACUUGGACGUGGACAUGGACGUGGACGUGGACGUGGACAUGGACGUGGACGUGGACAUGGACGUGGACGUGGACGUGGACAUGGACGUCGACGUGGACAUGGACGUGGACGUGGACGUGGACGUGGACGUGGACGUGGACGUGGACGUGGAGGUGGACGUGGACGUGGACGUGGACGUGGACGUGGAGUGGACGUGGACGUGGACGUGGACGUGGACCUGGUCGUGGACGUGUACGUGGACGUGGACCUGGUCGUGGACGUGGACGUGGACAUGGAUGUGGUCGUGGACGUGGACGUGGACGUGGUCGUGGACGUGGACGUGGACGUGAACGUGGACAUGGACGUGGACGUGGUCGUGGACGUGGACGUGGUCGUGGUCGUGGACGUGGACGUCGACUUGGACGUGGACCUGGACAUGGACGUGGAUGUGGACGUGGACGUGGACAUGGUCGUGGACGACUUGGACGUGGACGUGGACGUGGACGUGGACGUGGACGUGGACGUGGAGAACUUGGACGUGGACGUGGACGUGGACGUGGAGAACUUGGACGUGGACAUGGACGUGAACGUGGACGUGGACGUGGACGUGGAGGACUUGGACGUGGACAUGGACGUGGACGUGGACGUGGACAUGGACGUGGACGUGGACAUGGACGUGGACGUGGACGUGGACAUGGACGUCGACGUGGACAUGGACGUGGACGUGGACGUGGACGUGGACGUGGAGAACUUGGACGUGGACAUGGACGUGAACGUGGACGUGGACGUGGACGUGGAAGACUUGGACGUGGACAUGGACGUGGACGUGGACGUGGACGUGGACAUGGACGUGGACGUGGACGUGGACAUGGAGGUGGACGUGGACGUGGACGUGGACGUGGACGUGGACGUGGACGUGGACGUGGAGGUGGACGUGGACGUGGACGUGGACGUGGACGUGGUCGUGGACGUGGACAUGGACGUGGACAUGGACGUGGACGUGGUUGUGGACGUGGACAUGGUCGUGGACAUGGACGUGGACGUGGACGUGGACGUGGAUGUGGCGAUGGAUGUGGACGUGGACGUGAACGUAGACGUGGACGUGGACAAGGAUGUGGACAUGGACGUGGACGUGGACGUGGACGUGGACAUGGACGUGGAGGUGGACGUGACGUGGACGUGGACGUGGACGUGGACGUGGAGACAUGGACGUGGACGUGACGUGGACGUGGACGUGGACGUGGACGUGGACGCGGACAUGGACGUGGACGUGGACGUGGACGUGGACGUGGACGUGGACGCGGACGCGGACGCGGACGCAGACGUGGACGCGGACGUGGACGCGGACAUGGACGUGGACGUGGACAUGGACGUGGAUGUGGACGUAAGGAGUGCAAAUAACAUGGACGUGGUCGUGGACGUGGACGUGGACGUGGAUAUGGACAUGGACGUGGACAUGGACGUGGACGUGGACAUGGACGUUGACGUGGACAUGGACGUGGACAUGGACGUGGACGUGGACAUGGACGUGGACGUGGACGUGGACAUGGACGUAGACGUGGACGUGGACGUGGACGUGGACGUGGUCGUGGACGUGGGCGUGGACGUGGACGUGGACGUGGACAUGGACGUGGAAGUGGACGUGGACGUGGACGUGGAAUUGGACGUGGACAUGGACGUGGACGAAGACAUGGUCGUGGACGUGGACGUGGACGUAGACAUGGACGUAGACGUGGACGUGAAGGUGGACAUGGACGUGGACCUGGUCGUGGACGUGGACGUGGAGGAACAUGGACGUGGACGUGGACGUGGACGUGGACGUGGACGUUGA